AUGUAUGUGUGUGGCUGGAAAGAAAUGGAGGUUGCUUUGGUGAAUUUUGAUAACUCAGAUGAGAUCCAGGAAGAACCAGGUUACACCAAAGACUUUGACCCCACCGGUUCCAAAGGCCUACCUGGAAGCAGCCCCUUCUCCAACUGGAGAAUACUUGUUAGCGACAGCACAAACCACGAGACGGCCUUCACCAAACUGCCGGAAGAUAGUGUGGAUGUUCCAGGAACAGAGCCAGGGGUCCUGAAUGUAGGAAACCAGAGGGUCAUCAUCAACAUCGCUGGACUGCGGUUCGAGACCCAACUCAGAACCCUCAACCAAUUCCCAGAAACACUCCUGGGAGACCAGGAGAAGAGAAUGCAGUUCUUUGAUUCCAUGAGAAAUGAGUAUUUCUUUGACCGGAACCGGCCCAGCUUUGAUGGCAUCCUAUACUAUUACCAAUCUGGUGGGAAAAUUCGGAGGCCUGCCAAUGUCCCAAUUGACAUCUUUGCUGAUGAGAUCGCCUUCUAUGAGCUAGGUAGUGAGGCCAUGGACCAAUUCCGGGAGGAUGAGGGCUUCCUCAAAGACCCUGAAAUACCACUCCCCACCAAUGACUUCCACCGGCAGUUCUGGCUUCUCUUUGAGUACCCCGAGAGUUCCAGUGCUGCCCGAGGUGUGGCUGUGGUCUCUGUGUUGGUGGUUGUCAUCUCUAUCACCAUCUUCUGCCUGGAGACACUCCCUGAGUUCCGGGAGGAGAGGGAUCUCAAAGUGAUAAGGGACCCGAGCCUCAAUGGCAGCAAGACCCCCCUCUCCCACACCAUGUUCUCGGACCCAUUCUUCAUGGUGGAGUCCACUUGCAUUGUGUGGUUCACCUUCGAACUCGUGCUGCGCUUUGUGGUGUGUCCCAGCAAGGCUGACUUUUUCCGAAACAUCAUGAACAUCAUCGACAUUAUCUCCAUCAUCCCCUACUUCGCUACCCUCAUCACCGAGCUGGUCCAGGAGACUGAGCCAAGUGCCCAGCAGAACAUGUCCCUGGCCAUCCUGAGGAUCAUCCGCUUGGUGCGGGUGUUCCGCAUCUUCAAGCUCUCCCGUCACUCCAAGGGGCUGCAGAUCCUGGGCCAGACCCUGAAGGCGUCCAUGCGGGAGCUGGGGCUGCUCAUCUUCUUCCUCUUUAUCGGAGUCAUCCUCUUCUCCAGCGCUGUCUACUUCGCUGAGGUAGACGAGCCCGAGUCCCAUUUCUCAAGCAUCCCUGAUGGCUUCUGGUGGGCAGUGGUUACCAUGACAACUGUAGGAUAUGGAGACAUGUGCCCCAUCACCCCAGGGGGGAAGAUUGUGGGUACCUUGUGUGCAAUUGCGGGGGUCCUCACCAUUGCCCUGCCAGUGCCGGUCAUUGUCUCCAACUUUAACUACUUCUACCAUCGGGAGACUGAGAAUGAGGAGAAGCAAAACAUCCCGGGAGAAAUCAAUAAAAUCCUCAACAGUGGGGGCUCUCAGAUGGGCAGUUCCGACUCACUUAGUAAGACCAAUGGUGGUUGCUCUGGCGAGAAGUCCAGAAAGUGA